GCCCAAGGCCAAAAUUCAGAAGCGCUAUUUAAUUCCCUCCUACUACGUCUCGAUUUUUCCAUAAUGCAGAAUUGCACACACAAGUAAAGGGAGGAAAUUUGCUGGGAUGGUAGCGUCCUGUUUACUUCCCAACCAAAGAAAAAGAGAUAACACGGGAGCUUCAUGGCCCUUUCGUGCCUAUAUAAGUCCUACCAACUGCGCAUCCUGUUGAGAGACGCCAGAACGCUCCAUUCUGAAGGCGUGUAGCAGCUGCUCUCCGGCUCUGCCCUCUCUCUGCCGUCUUCCUGCUCGGAGCUUCGCGUGGCUUGUCGCGGCAUUCGGCUUCAAUGGGGUGCAAGGCGUGCGAGAAGCCCAAGCCCAACUACCGCAAGGGCCUGUGGUCGCCGGAGGAGGACCAGAAGCUCCGUGACUACAUCCUCCGCCACGGCCACGGCUGCUGGAGCGCGCUCCCCGCCAAAGCCGGGCUCCACCGGAACGGCAAGAGCUGCAGGCUGCGGUGGAUCAACUACCUUCGGCCGGGGCUGAAGCACGGCAUGUUUUCCCCGGAGGAGGAGGAGACGGUGAUGAGCCUCCACGCCACGCUCGGCAACAAGUGGUCUAGGAUCGCACGGCAUUUGCCUGGGAGGACCGACAACGAGGUCAAGAACUACUGGCACUCGUACCUGAAGAAGAGGAUCGAGAGCAAGGAAGGACGAAGCACGCCCGCACCGGCUGCAACCAAUUCCGGUGCCGAUUCAGACUACUCCCAGUGCCUGAAGCCCGGGGACGGCACGUCGCCAGGACCGGACACCAGCAAGCCGACGGACUCCGGCUCGUCGGAGCCGCGCGAGUCGUCGUCGGCCGACUCGAGCUGCCUGACGGACCCACCGGCUGGCUGCAGGCCCCACGCGCCUGUGGCUCCCAAGGUCAUGUUCGCGGACUGGCUGGACAUGGACAUGGACUGCAUCUGUGGCCAGGCCGUGGCAGCAGCACCUGGUCUGGACGCUGCGGGCGUGGUUGGUGCGAGCGCGAGCCCAGGAGAUCAUCAGCAGGUGGCGAGCCAGGGGCCCGUGCAGGUCGACGGGCCAUCCGGUGUCGAUGUGUCCCUGCAUGGGUUCGGUGACAGUGGCGCCAGCUGCUGGGAGUUUCAGGAGCAGUUCGACGGCAUCGAUCAGAUGCAGACUGCCGGGUUCUGUGACCUUCUCUCCAUGAGCGAGUUUUUCGGGCUGAACUAGGCACGGCGGAUUGGUGGUCGUUGCUGAAGGGAUUUGAGUUUUUUUAAUCUAGAUAUUUCAGUGAAAGCUUUGUUUGUGUUGUAAAUUAUUGUCGUGUAUGUAUAGAUAGAGGAAUUUAGAAACAUAUUAAGUCUAGGGCCAUGAAGAUUGUUGCUACGGUUUAAAUUUUGUCGUGUUUGUCGCAGUUUGUUUCGGAGAGUAAGAAAGGAAAGAAGGAAGAGAAAGUAAUAAGAAUUGCACGCUUGUAGCUAGUUAUUGGUUGCACAAUUUGUUUUGUGUCUUGUUAA